GUCUGCCGGCUUCGUCAUUGCUCGCGGUGAACAUUGAGUGUCAGGCGCGUCCUCGAGAUUCACCGUCAAUAGCAACUGUCGCAUUUGGGUGCGCCUCACUUCAUGCAAGGAGAUUGAGGCAUCUGCCCGGUCGCUUGACGCCGACCUUCUCCCACUACGAUGCGCGCGCCAUCCUAGGAAACCCAUUGCCAAAACAAUCCCCAAAAACGCGUCGGCCAUGGCAUCUUUCAUGUCAUCUAGCUUCACGACUGGUGAAAGGAAAAAGAAGGUGGUUACAUACGGGAAAUUGUCGCGUCUUCCACCAUCGCGACCGAAUCUCUUCGAUGACAAUGCGCCUUCGCCCGAACGACCCCAUAAACACGCAUCAACUUCGAAUCGGCCACGGACAGGCAAUGGGGAACAGCUAGAUUCUGUUCACACUUCCGGAAGUGCGCGCGCGGCUGCAGCUGGCCCAGAUGUGUUCGACGUGCCCUCCGAGGACGAGCAUGUAUUCCAGCCGACCACGCCUGCAAAACGACCCAUAGUACAGCGUCGCAAAAUGGCUGAAGAGCCAAUUGCCAAUGCUACUAAGAAAGCUGCAGGUCAGCCAAGUCGUCCAGCCGCAACCACCGCUCGAUCGCCGCAGAAGCCUGGACUUGCAAAACCGACGGAGACCAUGGCAAGAUCGUCGCGGGAAUCGGCCAAGCCACGAAAGCCAGCACGGGAAAAGGAGCGUCAGUCUAAUGUUACGGGCGCGGGCAUGACAUCACAACCGAAGACAUUGCGCGCUAUGGAAGGACAGAAGCAGAGCACUGCGAAUGGGCAGGGACCGCAAGGAUCAAACACGUCGAAAUACACCUCACGCGCUACAACUCCUGGCCUAUCUAUACGGCCCGUUUCGAAGCCACAGCUGGCGAAGACAGCUAAACCAACAGCCCAGCCACCGGCUCUGUUGGACGAAUUCGACGUGCCGUCAGAAGACGAAGAUGCAUCUGUGCCAAUUCCUAAGGCACUCAGACAGGUACCCCGUCAAGACCUGAAAGGAUCAGUGAAGCAGUUUGGAGGUCCAAAGGCCCUGUCACAAGAUGCACCACGGAAGGCUUCAGCGAAAUCAAAUAACAUUGGCAGCUUGCAAAAUCGCAAGAGAAAGGGUUCUGUGUCUCUCGCGGCUGCCCCCAGACCUAUCGUUGAAGAUUUGCAGAACAAAUCGAAAGAAAGAAAACAGCAACGAGACCGCAAGGUAGCCAAACGAGAAGAGGGGGCAUCGCCAGGUCGCGAGUCGGCAAGAGCCCCGGUCCAUCGUCCAGCAUUACCAACCACGGUUACGGAGUCCAUAGUCAAUAAACCGAAGCGAACAAGAACGCGUACUGUGCCAGUCACUAAUCACCCAACAAUAUCGAAAGGCCAAUCCUCGCCAGCUGUUCUGGGCAAAAUGCUUCCUCUCGAACAAGCUCCGAGGAUCUCUUCUGAGGAUGCAGCUACUGAAGUACCUGCAUCUGACGACACUAUGUACGACAUUCAGGAUGCCAUGACAACUCCGCUUCGGUCAACCCCUCUCCGCAAGACCUUGAUCUCAACGCCCGGCUCUGUUACUCCUCGUCAGAAAGACCUGUUUAGCACCUUGUUGGGUGGUCCAGCGGCGCCGAAAACACCUGCUUCUGCUCUUGCAUCGUUGCAGCUCACCGAAAAGAAGCCGCGAUCAUUAAUCGGCGCUCUCGCCAGGUCAAAGUCUGAUAUCCCGCACAGCGAUCAGUCGCGAAAACCUCGUUUGAUGAGUGCGCUCAAAGAUAAAGACACAAGUUCCGAAGGAGAGGAUAGUGACAGCGAUGAUGAAGCUAACAGUUUCGUUGCUGUGGACGUCGAAAUGGACAGCGGAAAGACUCCGAUACAAGCCAAACGCACAAUCGCUAUUGACGAAGACGAACCUGAGCAUCAUCUCAGCGCAACCGCAGACUCUCAGACCUCACAAAUAACCUCUGGGGCUACCACUCGCCCAAAAUUCACAUACGCAAGUCAGCGAUCCUACUUGCAAGAAGAAAACCCAGAAGAUGAUCUCCUCAUGUCUAUGGACCUUGACGACAACUGGAAGCUGGAUUCGCAAACAAUUUCCACGGACGAAGAAGACGGGCCCACUAGUCAGCCACGAACUCACCAUGAGCUCAAGAAAUACGGACAAAACACGAUGUUCUCGUGGGAUAUGGAUGAGUCAAUCCGCGAAAUCUCAGACGUCUCCAAUAAGAGCAUGCGGCGCAACGCAAUGAUGGAAUUGUGCACUAAGAUGGCUGAUGUUGGCUUUGUUGGUCAGCUCCUCGACUCCGGUUUCAUGCAUAAACUUCUCGAGAGCAUGACGUCUUCUGGCGACGUUAUUUUCGAUUUCGUCUCAGCUGUCUCGAUCGUCUUGAUUCUUCAUACAAAGCCAGCUUUUGCUGUCAUCAACCAGAUACACCGGUCUGGCGUUAUGACGGCGCUGAUCAGUUUGAUUGGCAAAGAUAGCGACAUUUCAAGGAUUGCGCGCGAUCGCAAGUCAAACAUGUCCAAGAUUGCAAAGGAGUCAUUGGCUGAAUUCCGUGCUUUGGUGCUUGCAUCUCCGAUAUGGUCGUCAAGCACACCAGGCAAGCUGUCCCCUCAACUUCUCGCGCUGAAGACUACCGAUCUCCUCGUUCGAAGUCUGCGAGAGUGCGGCAGCCCCGAGAUGCUACUGACUACGGACGCGGUGUCAGUCACAGUUGAGGUCUGUUCGAUACUGUCAACACGGGUCGAGGCCACCGACUCAUCUGCCCAUGACUUGUUGGCCCUUGACCUGGCGAUCUCGGCAUUGGAGGCUGCAUCUAUCACAAAUCAGGACUGCACUACAUGGCCAAACACCGUUCUUCAACGACUCUCAAACGCAGUACCAGUCUUUUUCACGAAUAAUGCCCUGACCAAGACUGUGGAGGCAAUGAAGCUUUGCAUGAAUCUCACCAACAACAAGCCCAAGUCUUGUCAGCCUUUCUCAACUCAAACAUUUAUCGGGUCUCUUGUGAGCUUCAUUGUCGCCCGAUUUGAGCGGCUGGAAGCUGGCAAGCUAGACCUGGAAGGCCGUGCAACGAUAUUGGCUGAUUUGACUCUCAGUUUGGGAACCAUGAUCAACCUUGCUGAGCUCAGCGACCAAGCACGACUUAACGCUAUCAACGAUCCCAGUUCAAUAGAGGUGCUAGUGAAGAUUUUUGUAACUGGCUCUGAACGAGCAGCUGAGGCCAGCUCCGUUGAGGAGUCUGAAGUUAGCGUAGUGAUUGGUUUCCUGGCGGUACUUCUAGGCAUGCUGUGCCUCAACACCACCGUUCGGUCUCAGAUUCAGGGUCUGUUUCCGGAUCGAGAGAUUCACCACCUGCUUAACAACAUGAAAGAGUUUGCUCGCAUUCACGAACAUGUCGACAAGAAAACGGCUAGUCGUUUCGAGGGACCAGAAGGGCAAGAAGCGCUGAACAACUACUACUUGCGGAUUAUGCAUGUUGUCAGGAAGCUGGAAAGCGCAAGAUAAUGGACGUUAGACGUUGGUGUCUUGUUGCACGACAGACGUCGCAGACGUCGAUGACGAAUCUCUUUUGGGUCCUGGAUGUAGGGGAAUAACUUUGAUUGUAGCA